UUAAAUUUGAACUUCUUAAUAGCAAGUCUUAGUGAAUAUGUGAUAUUAUAUAUAUAUGGAUCUGUCUAUGCGUUUAUUUGCCUGUUUGAGUCUUAGGGAUGUCGACUUUUGAAGCAAGUGCAGUUUGUUCAAAUAUUAUGUUCGGUGAUUAGGUUCCUUUGGUGGUGAUACCUUGUAGGUGGAGGAUUCUAAUUUCCCUGAUCCUUUCCUGAUUGAGAAAUGAAAGUAACUGUCUGAAUAAAGAUUUGGGUUGGAAACUCUUUAGGCUACGCGUUGCAGAUUUUAAUUUCUUAUUUUCUAUGCUUAAGCUGCUGUUUUUUGAUAGUACAUGCUUGAUAAAUUCGCUAUUCAUGAUAACUUACGAGAUAAGAUUGGUUGGAAAUAGAUGCCAAUUGGAACUUGGGUAUUUGAUAUUCGAGUUAGGAAAUAGAAGCUUGGCAUAUACCUGUAGGAAGACAACAUGUUGUGCCUGACAACAUGAUAUCCGAAUUGGAACUUAGAAAACUAUUUACUUAUGGAAGUAAAAACUCUUAGGGAGACAACAUGUUAUGCCUGACAUAUGCGCUGCCACAAUGCUAAUGGAAAUUAGGUGCAUACACACAUACAUCACACCCCUUUCUCUCGUCCAAAUCUUAGCGUGUGAGAGAUGAGAUCUUGCUAUUAUGUGUAACUUAUCUUUUCUUUGUGCACUUAGAGUGUAUCUUCAAGUGGAAUUGCUUAGUGUAAAGUUGGAUGCUUGAAGCAUGUCCCACUAUGAAGGUGGCUAAUAAUAACGAAUUACUUUCAAAUAGAAGUUGAAUUUUGCAUUUGCUUCCUAUAGUUCCUAACUGGGUGUUUCUGCAAUGGCUUAUUGAAGCAAUCAUAUGAGAGAAUCAUGUUGGACGUAAAAAGGGACACCCUGAUGCAUUAAGGCUCCUAGGCUUUGUGCCGAUUGGGAGCAUAGUCGCUCAAGGGGGACAAGGCACAAAUCUUAUUGACCUGCAACUUUGGGUCCUUGCCCUGUCUAAGGCCCAUGGUGCUUUUUUUGAAAAAGAUAAGGCUCAUGGUGUUGCUGAGGCAUGCCUUGGCCUCUGAGGCCCAAGUUGAUUUUUUAACCCUUGAAUUGAAUCAUAAAAUAUUUUGUAUUUCACCUUUUUAUUUGAAAUAAGAUAUCUUUUGCAAAUGUUGUAUCUGCUUCAAAAGAACUAAAUAAUAGCAGAGACCAUUAAACAUAGUUUUAACUGAUAUAGCAAAAUGCCAUGUGCAAGAAGAAAAGAAAAGAUUGAACAAUCGGUAAUAGGUCCCUUGCUCUACCUUGCAUAUCCCUUCACUUUUUCUGUCAUUUUGUGUCCUGGCUUCUCGCAUGUUCUUUUGUGAUUUUGUGUAUGAGCUUGAUAUUGGUGAAAUGUAGGUGCCUAUGUGUGUUCAUCUUGAUGUUAAUGGGCUAUUCUAUAAUCAAUGUCUAUUAAAUGUUAGUGGAAUGGCAACGAGGUGAACUGGUGUUGAUGUAAAUAUUAGAUUGUUAAUUUGUACUCUUUUGUCACUUAAUAAACACAAUCAUUUUCUUUUGGGAUAUCUCCGACUAAAUACCAAAUUCCCUUUUUGGCAAAGUUUCAAUACAUAAACCUUUAUACUCAUUAGUCAUUAUUGAAAAACACUAAUAAUGGAGGGGCGUCUUAUAUUUGACUAAUAGAUAAAAUCACCAAAAGAACAGUGCGAGUGAUAUUUUAAUUGAGUGACUGAUAUUUUAUGAUAUGUUGUUAAUCUUGAGGUUAACCAAUAUUAAUGAUGCUUUAAUAAAUUCAAUAUUUGAAAUAUAUAUGCCUCUUUUUUAGUGAUUCUUCUGUUUAUGUAUUUUAUUGUUUGUUUCUAUGCAUGCCAUGCAUCUCAACAAAGGAUGCUUGUGUCUUGCCUUGAUUCCAUACCCUUGUGAGACCAUUGUGGCUUGAUGCGUCUCGUGCCUGAAAUAACACUGCUGGGGAGAGAAGUUAUCGUGCAUGGUUUUUCUCUUGCAUUUUGUUAACAGACACUUGGAAUAGGGCAUGCAUUCUCUUCGUUUAUCUGGCUUUGUGGUCCUAUUACAGGUCUUGUGGUUCAACCUUGUGUUGGUAUUUGGAGUGAUAGAUGCUCUUCAAAAUAUGGUAGAAGACGACCAUUUAUUUUGGUUGGAUCUCUCAUGAUAUCAAUUGCUGUGAUAACUAUCGGGUUUUCUGCAGACAUUGGAUACUUGAUUGGAGAUACAAAAGAACAUUGCAGCACAUUCAAAGGUACACGGACAAGGGCAGCUUUUGUCUUCAUCAUAGGUUUCUGGAUGCUGGAUCUUGCUAAUAACACUGUUCAGGGUCCUGCUCGAGCUCUCCUGGCUGAUUUAGCAGGUCCUGAUCAGAGAAACUCAGCAAAUGCUAUAUUUUGCUCGUGGAUGGCGAUUGGAAACAUUUUAGGGUUUUUAUCUGGUUCUAGUGGAAAUUGGCACAGGUGGUUUCCUUUCUUGACAAGUAGAGCUUGUUGUGAGGCAUGUGGAAAUUUGAAGGCAGCUUUUUUAGUUGCAGUGAUUUUUCUUACUUUCUGCACGUUGAUGACACUCUACUUUGCAAAGGAGGUCCCAUUAGCACCAAAGCAGCAUCACAGAAUAUCGGACUCUGCUCCUCUUUUGGAUGACUCUCAGCAGGCUGGGUCCCAUAAUUCAGAAUCAAAAGCUCUGUCAAAUUUGGUUGAUCACAAAGUUGGCAAACCAGCUGAGGGUGCUUUUAAUAUGAAUACAAGUACAACAGAUAUAAACACUAGAGUUGAGGAAGAUCAAGUUGAAACUUUUAACGAUAGUCCUGGAGCAGUCUUGGUCAACUUGUUGACCAGCUUACGCCAUUUACCAGUAGGGAUGCAUUCGGUGCUUAUUGUGAUGGCUCUUACAUGGUUGUCGUGGUUUCCCUUUUUCCUUUUUGAUACGGAUUGGAUGGGAAGGGAGGUUUAUCAUGGCAACCCAAAAGGGGAUGCUGCUGAAAUUCGAGCUUAUGAUCAAGGUGUCAGAGAAGGUGCAUUUGGUUUGCUAUUGAAUUCAGUUGUUCUUGGUAUCAGUUCUUUCCUCAUUGAACCAAUGUGUCAAUGGCUCGGGUCAAGAUUAGUGUGGGCAUUGAGCAACUUUGUUGUGUUUGCCUGCAUGGCAGGCACUGCUAUCAUUACCUUAAUUUCUGUCAGACAAUCUCAAGGAAACGAACACAUAGUUGGAGAAAACGAGUCAAUCAAGAAUGCGUCCUUGGUUGUUUUUGCGAUUCUUGGCCUUCCCCUUGCUAUCACUUAUAGUGUUCCCUUCUCUGUCACGGCAGAAUUGACCGCUGAUACAGGAGGUGGCCAAGGAUUGGCGAUUGGAGUACUAAAUCUUGCAAUUGUUAUACCUCAGAUGGUUGUUUCACUUGGUGCUGGCCCGUGGGACGCUUUAUUUGGUGGAGGGAACGUACCAGCAUUUGUUCUUGCUUCGUUAAGUGCCCUUGCUGCUGGUGUCUUUGCCGCUAUAAAGCUUCCAACUCUCUCGUCCAAUCCUUACAAACCGACAGGUUUUCAUUUCGGGUGACGUCCUCCUCCCUUCCCAUCAACACCUACCAACUUGUACAUUAUUAGCCUGGCACGACCAGAACGUACAAGGUUUUCGCAGCCAUUUUUCAACUUUCACCAUGAACAACACGCUGCUGCGGAUUUGAUGUCGAGAUGAGUUCUUUUUUUAUACGUGCGUUUGUACUUUACACAUACGAGUACUGUAUAUCAUUUAUAGUCAGAAAGCGUAGUUUAGCUUAGGAUAAUCGAUCAACGUUUUUUGGGCAUUUUUUGAUCAUCAUGUAACCUAUAUAAUCAACAUUAACUAUUCAUCUUCUCUUACUCUGAAUUUUG